AUGGCCGACAACAAUGCCAGUAAUAGUAGCCCAGGCGACAAUGGCAACGGCAACGGCAACGGCAACGGCAAUGCUGGCGGUGACAGCGACACAGUAGUUGCAAUUGUUGCUCUCGUUGUCUCAGUAGUCGCUCUGUUUGCGGCUACUCUGCAGAUAAUGCAGGCCAUCUUCGCGUCUGCUCGAGGGCUUCCAAAUUGCACUGAGAUCGUCAUGGGAGGGUGGGCAAAGGGCACGACAAAAAGGCCAAAGCUGAAAGAGCUACGUCUUGAGGUCAGUUUUGAGGCGCCAAUCAUAUUUCUAGCGCCUCCCAACAACAAGAACAAACCUGAAAAGGGAGACAUAUGGUCAGUAGAGGGCACCGAGGAGAGCUGUACCAGAAACCGACUUGAAUAUGCCAAGAUUUUCAAAGACUCUGGAAACAUCAACGACACCGACGCCGAAAAAAAGUCCAAGCCAAUUGAAAAAGUCCACACAGUCAAUAACGAGCUCGCAACAUGGGUCUAUCUUCUGAUCGCUAUUGAAAGAAUGGAAAAGGAGUCCAAGGAAUGGGAAAUGAUAAAGCUUAAAGGGGAAGGGUUGCCGCGUUCCUUCACCCCGGACCUGCCUGGGCCGACAUUGGCUGUCAAAGUACAAGCAAAGGAGAGAAGUUUCGAUGCCAACCCUACCAUCAAGAAACCAUACGCAACCUCUACAAUUUCCCAUCUGAUUGAGCUGGCAGCAAUACUUGGACUUUACUGGAGAGUCUUUGACCGAGACGAUAACAAGUACCGCGCUGAAGGCAACGGUUACAGUCUAACAGGUUCUCGUGUGCCCGACUUGGGGAUUGUCUUUGUCUUUGAGAAAACUGGUCCCACUGUGUUCGAGGAUCGACGCGUGAUACCGACAUCCGAAGUGAAGGAGCUCUGUUUUGGGCGAGUGCCGACCUUUUAUCGGGAUAAGAAGGACCCAGACGAAGAUCUGGAGUGGCAACAAGAGUUUACGACGUCUUCGGGAACUGGCACCAAGAUUGAAAUACUUCAACUGAGCACCCCCGAUUCCAUUGCGGAGACUUUGACCCAGAUAGGGUGCAACGGUAAAACCACGCUCUACUACAAGGAAGGAAAGCAAGAUCGACAUCUUUUUUCAGUCACUUUCGAAGUCAUUGGCAUGCUCGCACGAGUUUUGCACAUCAAAGGGAGAUGUUUUCGGUUUCUGCCUAACCCGACCAUCUUCUCCUGGGACAGAGAAUCGCUAUCACUCCAGCGCCUGCUUAUUGCCUUUAGCGGGCAGGUAAUGCAUGAUCUCACUGUUAUCGAAGAAGAAGCCGAAACCGUUACCGACGAGAGGGUCGAAUCUGCCGUCGAAGAUAUCAGGGCUAUUUCGGACUCGGCGGAGGGCUUGAGUAAUGUGUUUGAUGAGAAUCCGCCCCUCACGGGUGAAAGAAUGACUCUGUUGCACAAGGCCAUCGAGUUGGCAGACACGACUCUCAAGAAACGAGACCAGGAGGUUGUGCUCGACGUGUUACGCCGUCACCUCCAAGAAGUGUUGGCAGCCAUCAACAGCCCGGAGAAGAAAGGGAAAGAACAAGUUUCGUUCCGAGACCUACUCGGGAUUCCCUUGGAGAUGAGAGAGCAAAGGUUCAUGGAGACGUACUUUGAGCGCAUCCUUUGGCGUGUCGUGCCCACCAACUCCGCCAAGAAGAGCAAACGAGACGACGAGUUCGUCUCGAGAACCAUUCACGAUGACACGGAGAAACGGAGAUCACGCCUGGGGAAUGGGUCGCCCCGAGCUGGCAAUGCAAUUCCCUUACCGACACCUGGGAUCAGCACUGGAGAGUCCCCUACAAAGGCUGUUGACGACUCGACACCCACGCCCGGCAUCAGCAGGGUCAAGACGUGGCCUCAUCGGAUCGAGACCGACCUACUGAAUGAUCAGCAAGAACCUCCGCAGACGAGCAGAGUAGUCGAGCUACCGCCAUGGGAAACGAUUGUAACCGAGCAUGUGGAGAUGCAACGUUUGGAAAUCUGGUACACGCUGGUAUUUAGGAUGAUUUGCUGGCUGAUGUUGCACGAUUUCGACAAGAAGGAUGUGCAGAUGCCCAAAAGCGAGUUGAUUGGGAACAGACAGCCCGUGUUCAUCCUCUGA